AUGUGCAAUCUACAGGCGCUUGGCCAUAACAAACAAUAUACUGAAACCGAAGAGUGGAUUCUGAUUCACCUCAAAGAGAAAGGCCUGCCAUGGCCUGAUAUCGUUGACCAGUUCAACGAACGUGUCGAUCUCGACCGACAAAGAACCAAGGCUGGUCUCGAGACAAAAUGGCGGCAGUUGAAAGCAAGAAUCACCGUGGGGUAG